AUGGAUCGGUUUGUGGGCUCGGACAAUCGUGAACAAGUUGUCAAAGGCAAGCGAACGAAACGCCGCCAAAGGUUGUCAGCCGCACACCUCGAAGCCGCCAUGACAACUACCACUCUGUCGUGCGGCGGCAUCGAUGAUAACAGCUUGAUUUUGUCAUCCCUGUCAUCCAUGGUCGACAUGGGAGAGAGUGGCACCAGUGAACAUCAAGAGGAAGACAUGGCCAAUUGCCUCAUUCUUUUGGCACAAGGCAAGGUCCCAAGACAAGUAGAAGACGAAAAAGGUGGCCAAGAAGUUUAUACUAGUGACCCCAAAUGGAGAAGCAAUGGUUGUGUUCAAUCAUAUAAAUGCAAGACAUGCGGUCGAAUGUUCACAUCGUUCCAAGCUCUAGGAGGACACAGAUCCAGCCACAUGAAGAAGCCUAAGUCCAGGGGACAAGAAAAACUAGUGAAAUCAUCGCCCAGGGAAGAUCGUGACAAUGAUACGGGCCAGUUGCUCGGCCAUAGUGGCACAAAGAUGUAUGCUGGUCAUGACAAGGUCAACACGAAGAUGCGCAAGUGCUCGAUAUGCGGGUUGCAGUUCAAGUCAGGACAAGCUCUCGGAGGUCACAUGAGGCGACACCGAGCGCUCAGUGGGGGCACCCCCCAUGUCUCGAUUACGAGCCUUGAGAUAGCACUACACGCCGAUCAGAAACGACGGGGCAACAUUCUUCCGUUGGAUCUUAACCUUCCGGCACCGGAGCACGAUGUCGGUCUCUACAGCUCCCAGAUUCAUCAUCUCUCUCCGGCCACAAGCCAACAAACGUCGCCAAUGUUAUCUGCUGCCGCGACUUUAGUCGAGUGCCUUUACUAA